AUUCAUUGCGUGUGUAUCUUAAUCACCUGCAGCCCUCCCUCCCCCUAAGAUUCUUGUCCUUAAAGAUCGCACCCUGGAGCUGCAGAGUUGAAAUCCAAAUCGAAUUCCCACAAAGCAGAGUACAGCAUCAGAGGGGUUGAAAAGCAUUCACCUCCCACACAGUCAAAACAUCACACAAUGUCGAAGCAAAUACAGCAGGGCCCAGAAUCAAUCUAUGACUUCACUGUUAAGGAUGCUGAGGGAAAGAGUGUGAAUCUGAGCAUUUACAAGGGGAAAGUCCUAUUGAUUGUCAAUGUUGCCUCCAAAUGUGGAUUAACCAACUCAAAUUACACAGAGCUGAAUCAGUUAUUCGAGAAGUACAAAGAUCAAGGCCUAGAGAUAUUGGCAUUUCCAUGCAAUCAGUUUGGAGGGCAGGAACCAGGAAGUAAUGAACAGAUCUUAGAGUUUGUGUGCACUCGCUUCAAAUCAGAAUUCCCGGUCUUUGACAAGAUUGACGUAAAUGGCGAAAAUGCUGCUCCGCUGUACAAGUUCUUAAAGUCAGGAAAAUGGGGAAUCUUUGGGGAUGAUAUCCAGUGGAACUUUGGCAAAUUCCUGGUUGACAAAAAUGGGAAAAUUGUUGAUCGUUAUUACCCAACAACUUCCCCUCUCACCGUUGAGAAUGAUAUAAAGAAGUUGUUGGAGGUGUCUUAAAUUCUGAGAAAUGAAGAAGAGCUUAUUGGUAUCAUAGCAGAUAUCAAGCUCCUCAUGUUGGCUUACCCUGUUUGUGUGUGCACCUGACCCUUGGACACGAAGUUGUCCUUGGAUGAUAUUAUGUUUAAAGAUGACUCCCUUCGUUUCUCGGGUGUAAUUAAAUCCUCUGUUUUUUUUUUUUUUUCUCCUUUUGGUUUUCUCAAGAAACUGAAACCGAAUUCUGUUCAUCCUUAUGAUCCUGUUCAGUAUUUGGGUUUUCAAUGGAUUCUCCAACAAUCAUCUGAACUUGGUGAA